GUGGAGUUUCAAAACGUUAUCGAGCGGACAACACAGCUCAGCUUGGUUCCGACGAUGCAACGAUUACAGCGCAUCACAUUCGUUGUGAGUGGUAUAUUAUUGUCGGGAAUGGUUGUUCUGUACUGCAGUGUGUCAGAGCAGGAACCAGUGUGGCUGAUGCCGCUUCAAGCUGCCGUUGUGAACUACACAAUCGACAGUCUGUCGGAUACAGACCUAGCAUCGCUCAGAGCAGACAAUGACGUCAAUGAUAUCACCGGCCCUUACUACAAAUUGGUUGUCAGUGCUUCAAAGACAUUUCCAUAUUUUUAUAAACCAAUUUCAUUUCACUCCACCGAAAAGUACAGACAAAGAGUUUCCUUUAAUGUGAAUUUCGGAAAUGGACACCAGACGACACAGGGAAACCAAUCAAAGAUGAUACUGUUUUAUAACGCGCCAGAAUGGUUUCAGCACAAGGAUUUCAAGGAUGUUUGUCCACAAGGUUUACAAAAGUGUCCACAGAAAGGCUGCCAAUGUUCAUACGAUCCCACGCAGAUUGCAAAAGCAGAUGCUGUCAUCAUCGAUGUAGUGCAACUUUCAGACAACAUUCCACCUGCCAAACAAGCUAACCAUGUGUGGAUCAUGUUUGGCUUGGAGUGUCCCAAAUAUUUUGAAAGUCAGUUCUACCAAUCCAGUCGAUGGCGCCGUAUGUUCAACUGGACCAUGACUUACCGACUUGACUCUGACGUUGCCUUGCCUUACAAUGUUCUUUUACGCAAGGCACCACAAAAAUCAGUUAAUUUCACAAAAAUCGCUUUGAAAAAAACUAAGUCGGCUCUCUGGUUUGUAAGUAACUGCAAGACUCCCUCCAGGCGCGAAGACUACGUCACCGAAUUACGCAAGCAUAUACCAGUGGACAUAUAUGGGAAAUGUGGUCCCUCGCAGUGUACUUAUGGUAGCGAUUGCCAACAGUCAUUUUUCAAUGAAUAUAGAUUUUACUUCGCGUUUGAAAAUUCUUUGUGCAUUGACUACAUCUCUGAAAAGUUGUAUAAAACCUAUUCUCACACCAUUGUCCCUGUGGUUCGCGGAGGUGCUGAUUAUAAUUCCCUGAUACCAAAAGGAACGUACAUUAAUGCAGCGGACUUUUCCAGUCCAAAAGAACUGGCGAAAUAUCUUAAAUAUCUGGAAACAAACGUGACGGCUUAUGCUGAGAUACUGGAAGAGAAAUCCAGGUAUACACAUUCCAAGUUAGUAGCCACAUAUGAAUCUGCCUUCUGUGACAUUUGUGUGAAGCUUCAUAAUGUGGAGAAAUAUUACCAAUACUAUUAUGAUAAUGUCCACUGGUUACACGAAGGCACAUGUCACAAUCCUAGCGACGUUUGACAGGCUUUUGUGUAGGGUAUAUCAUAUUUGAAAGAGGUGUUGAUUUUCAUGACCAUUAUAUUAACAUACGCGAUAUUCCGAAAUACAUGUUGUUUUAUCCAGUCCUAACAGUCUUGGGUGCCAAAAUCAACCCUGCCACAUUAUACUGUGUCAGUCAGUCAUUCCAGGUUAUUCAAUAGUUAGUGAGUUAAAAUUUGACGUCGCCUCGGCAUUUAUUCAGCUAUAUAGAGACGAGGUUUAUUCAAUGGUGCUGAAUUAAUACAUUAAUCAUUAAGUUUGCAGCGUUUCGGCGCCGAGUAACGUUUUGAUAACGUUUGUAAUGUAGUGGUCAAGUCCAACUUUCAAGUGAAUAUUUUCUUUAGCCCCCGGGUUAAGUUCAUUUAAAACACUUUGUUCAAAUUGGAAUGAUUGAUGCUUUUUUGUGCAAGAUGCGUUUACUCGAAAUUGUAUGUAUAUUUAUCAUGUAUUUAUUUUCCGUGUUCGAGUGCGAAUCAAAUAAAUAUAUGUCUGUCUAACAGAGGUUACUAAACGAAAAA